CCUCAGCCCCCCGCCAUGAUGACCGUGUCUGCCUCGCAGGUGCACCAGAACUACCACCAGGACUCGGAGGCCGCCAUCAACUGCCAGAUCAAUCUGGAGCUAUACGACUCCUCCGUGUAUCUGUCCAUGUCUUUCUACUUUGACCAAAAUGAUGUGGCUUUGAAGAACUUUGCCAAAUACUUUCUCCACCAAUCUCAUGUGGAAAGGGAACAUGCUGAGAAACUGAUGAAGCUGCAGAAUCAACAAAGUGGCCACAUCUUCCUUCAGCCUAUCAAGAAACCAGACUGUGAUGACUGGGAGAACAGGCUGAACACAAUGGAGUGUGUGUUACACUUGGAAAAAAAUGUGAAUCAGUCACUACUGGAACUGUACCAACUGGCCACUGACAAAAAUGACCCCCGUGUGUGUGACUACAUUGAGACGUAUUACCUGAACGAGCAGGUGAAGUCCAUCAAAGAAUUGGGUGACCAUGUAACUAACUUGCGCAAGAUGGGAGCCCUGGAAUCUGGCAUGGCGGAGUAUCUCUGACAAGCACA